GGGUAAUUUGGAUUACGUCGUCAUGCACAAACGACGCUCUACUCGUCAGUCAGUCGCUUGCCGAUCGUGAGAGAAGGCAGAGGGUUUUAUAAUGUCGGAGGUAUUCAAACUGGGUGAUUUAGUAUGGGCGAAGAUGAAGGGAUUUUCGCCUUGGCCUGGCCGGGUGUCAAAUCCUUCAAAGGACUUAAAGAAACCAACAAAUACUAAGAAGGGGCCAGUUCAAUGCAUAUUCUUCUUUGGAACAAAUAAUUACGCAUGGAUAGAGGAGUCCAAUAUAAAGCCAUAUCUUGAAUACAAAGAUACUCUUGUAAAAUCUAGUAAAUCUGGUGCAUUUAAAGAUGCUGUAGAGGCAAUAGAAGAGUUUAUUGCUAAUGGAGAGGUGUUUGAGGAUGGUUUAGACCCUGACUCCUUAUUUGACAGACUUAAAGAAGAAAGUAUGUCUAAGGAGAAGAGCGUAGUAAAACCUCCUAAGCCUCGUAAGGAAACGCCAAAAACUAAGAGAAUGGAUACCAGUGCGAGUGAUGCUCGACGUCCAGCCAAAAAGCAACGUAGAGAAUCAAGUACAAGUAACAGUAAUAGAGUAGGCAGUAUCAGUCCUGCAUUGAACCAUUCAACGCCUCUCAGAAAGUCAGGAUCAACUCUCCUUAAUAGGCCUGCAAAUAUUGCCAGACCUGUGACACCGCCUUUAGACGUGGAAACAUUGUCGCAAACCCUUAAAGAGAAAAACAUCCUUCCGUCGACCUUGAAAUUUGGGUUCCUUGGUUUGGGUAUCAUGGGUAGCGGCAUCGUAAAAAACCUGAUCAACAGUGGGCACAGCGUAAUUGUGUGGAAUCGGACGCAAGAGAAGUGUGCAGACUUCGUGAAAGCAGGGGCAGAACAGGGUUUAACUCCGUCAGAUGUUGUGCUCGCCGCCGACAUUACAUUCUCCUGCGUGGCUGAUCCUCAAGCUGCCAAAGAUAUGGUCUUCGGGAACUGCGGAGUCCUGACAGAGAUAUCCCCAGAGAAGGGAUACGUGGAGAUGACGGGCAUAGACGCGGAGACGUCGCAGGACAUCGCCGAGGCGAUAACCGCGAAAGGCGGUCGUUACUUGGAGGCCCAGGUACAGGGUAGCAAAACACAGGCGCAAGAGGGUACACUGGUGAUCCUCGCGGCCGGGGACAGAGCGUUGUUCGACGAGUGUCAGUCUUGCUUCGAGGCAAUGGGGAAGAACAGCUUUUACCUAGGCGAGGUGGGGAACGCUUCCAAAAUGAACCUUGUGCUUCAACUGAUGGCUGGCGUCACUCUGGCCGGCCUAGCCGAGAGCAUGGCGCUAGCGGAUCGCGCUGGUCUUCAACAGAAAGACGUACUAGAGGUGUUGGAGUUGACAUCAUUGGCUUGCCCCGCGAUCCUCGACAAAGGAAAAGCCAUCAUCGAGGGCGGUUUCCCAACGCAGUUACCACUGCAGCACAUGCAAAAAGACUUAAGACUCUCUUUAGGUAUGAGCGACCAGCUGGAGCAGCCGUUGCCGCUAGCCGCCGCGGCGAACGAAGUUUACAAGCACGCUAAACGCCUUGGUUACGGAGAACACGAUGCCUCCGCUGUUUACAUCAGAGCCAGGUUCUAACGGAGCGCAUGCAUCGUCGAGCUUUCGCUAUACCAUAUUUAUUGCAAUAUCUAAACGUUGUUUCCCGUCGCUACCAGAGAAGAGUAGUGGGCUGUUUGUUGAGAAGUAACGGAACCACCGUCGGACGCGCAAACAAACGCGUCGCGCGACAAUUGUCGAUCGCGAGAUUGUUGGGACGGCAAUGUUGUUUCCGUUACCGCCGGAGGAGAGCCGAGAACCGAAUUGGACGCUACGCGGAUCGCGUAUUCAGUACACUUACUGCACACAGAUCGAUCAAUGUAUAAAUGUACUUGUACAUUUCCCUUUUUUUACGUGGCUUUUUCGUUCGCUGGAAGACUCUUUUUGUGUAUACCGCGACGACUUUGGUUUUUCUUUUUCAUUGUACUUCUCUUCUUCUUCUUCUUUUUUUUGCGCUUUUCUGUUUUAAUACUUGGCCACUACUUUUCUCGAGAACUGCGUGGGUUUAUGGUAGCCGAUCUCUCGAAUCGCAUCCCGACUUCGAUCCCGUAAAACGCAACCCCUCGCUUGGAAAACUUGAGAGACUUGGGACGUGUUGAAAAUGUGCCUUACGAUACCCUUUUAAAGCAAGGCUUUCCUUUUUCCCUAUUUCUUCUUCCCGUGUAUCAUGCGGAGAAUGAUUUCUCGUUGAUUUUGUGA